UUGGAGAGUUCGGGCUCUCAGCUCUGCUUGAGGAGCUGAGGGCGGGGGCGGGGGCGCGGAUGCUGGAAGUUCACAUCCCGUCGGUGGGGCCGGAGGCCGAGGCACCCAAGCAGAGCCCAGAGAAAGGCCACAUGGUGUUCCGAGUGGAGGUGCGGUACUGCGGACGCAGACACACGGUGCCCAGGCGCUACAGCGAGUUCCACGCGCUGCACAAGCGGAUCAAGAAACUAUACAAAGUGCCCGACUUCCCCUCGAAACGCCUGCCCCACUGGAGGACCAGAGGGUUGGAGCAGCGGCGGCAGAGUUUGGAGGCCUAUAUCCAGGGCGUCCUGUACCUGAACCAGGAUGUGCCCAAGGAGCUACUUGAAUUCCUGAGUCUUCGGCACUUUCCCACCGGCCCCAAGGCCAGCAGCUGGGGAACCCUGGGGGAGUUCCUGCCUAGCAACAGCAGAGUGCAGCUGCACCACCGGCCUGUCGUCCGCUUCUGCAUGGAUCCCUACAUUUGCACCCCAUCCCCAGAGCCAUUGCCCAGUGUGGUGGUGAAUGGCGUGCUCCAGGGCUUCUACGGCUUCGGCACCAGCACAGCUGACGUCCAGCCAGAGGCUCCUUGUCACCCUGCACCCCUGCCAUCGAUGAUGCCCUGACCAGCCCAGAGGCCUCUGGACCACCUGCCAGGACAGUCACGUGCCUCAGUCCUGUGAGCUCCAUACCCAGGACUUACCCACCUCAGGCUCAGAACUCAGCUGCAUUGGUGGCUGGGGGUGCUAGAACUCCUGUACCCCUGGAACCCUGGGGCCAGGGCAGGGAGGACAGGGUGAGGAUUAAGGGAGAAGUCAAUUUAGGAGGUAGGCUAUGAAAGGGUACAGGUGUACUUCCUCACUAACACCAGAAGGGGGCAAGCAAAGGUUAAGGCACUGUAGUAGGCCAAGUUUAGAAGCAAGGAACAAAAGCUUCUGCUCGAAGUUUUGUGGGUAGCAUCUGGGGAAAGGGUUCUGGCUGGAGCCCAGGGAGGGGACAGGCACCCCAGCCACAGGAGGCCCAGAUAGGCUGGAUUGUAGACCUGGGGGAGGUGCUGCAGGCCCAACAACCCACUCACACACAGGUUAUAAAAAAACAAAACCCACCUUUUUUUUAUUGGUCAGUGUUGGUAGGAAUUUGUUACAAAACUGGGCCUGUGGGCCUGUGGAAUGUGAGAGGAAGGGUCCACUCCAUCAGAUGCCAGCGCUAGGGCCAGUGCAGCAGAGCCCUGUGGCAGGCUGUCUUCACCCCUCAAGAGGGUACCAGGGCCGCA